UAUACUUUGCAGUUUUGGUUGUUCGCUAAAAAGUUCUCAUUUAGAUAAAAUCGGUCAAAAUAUUAUAGACUCUUGUACUCACCAAAGCCGGUGCAGCGUCAAGCACAAACAAAAAUCAGAAAAAUAACGGCAUAUCGAGAGACACAAAAUAAAUUUGACGUUUCAGAAAUUGACCAACUUGACAUAACCGCAAAACGAUAAACAAGUCAGUGUGAAAUUGAUAUUCGGCAAUUGGCACGGUUUAUUUGAUUUUCGUAAGGACAGAGCAGUUGCGGCAGGACAAGUCGCAGGAAAUAUGGAGCCACAAGCAUCCAAAGAUAUAAAAAUCAUAGUGAAGUGGAGUGGAAAAGAGUAUCCAAUCGAAGAUCUCACUGAUCAUGACACGGUGGCCAUCCUGAGACAUGAAAUUUGCAAAAAGACACAGGUGAAACCGCAGCGGCAAAAGCUGCUUAAUCUCAAAUACAAAGGAAAAUUUGCCAGUGACGAGGUCCGCCUGGGACUGCUGGAGUUAAAACCGAAUUUUAAAUUGAUGAUGGUUGGCUCAUUGGAAGCGGAUAUCGAGGAGGCAUCUUCCAAGCCGGAAAAUAUCGGAAAUGUAGUAAAUGAUCUCGACAACGAGGAUGACGAUAAGGUUCCACUGGAAAAUAAGGAAAUCUAUCUCGCUAAGAUUAACAAACGCGUACGCGAGUACAAGAUCAACGAACUGAAUCCUCCUCGUGAAGGCAAACGUUUGCUGGUGCUAGACAUCGAUUACACUCUAUUUGAUCAUCGAUCGGCGGCAGAAAACGGAGCGGAACUAAUGCGACCGUACUUGCACGAGUUUCUUACUUCCGCGUAUGAAGACUACGAUAUUGCUAUCUGGUCGGCCACGUCCAUGAAGUGGAUUGUGGAAAAGAUGAAGCUACUGGGAGUCACGGCACAUGCAGACUACAAGCUGGUUUUCAUGCUGGACUCGGAAGCGAUGAUCACUGUUCACUGUCCGUUACGUGGUGUUAUCGAGGUUAAACCCCUGGGCGUCAUUUGGGGCAAAUACAGUCAGUAUUCAUCGAAAAAUACAAUCAUGUUUGAUGAUCUCCGGCGAAACUUCCUGAUGAACCCGAAGUCCGGCCUUCGGAUUAAGCCGUUCGCCGAGGCUCAUCUCAACCGUCAUAAGGACAAAGAAUUGCUGAAACUUUCGAAAUACCUUAAAGAUAUUGCCAAGCAUUGUGAUGAUUUUAACGAGUUGAACCACAAAAAGUGGGAAAGCUAUAAGCCGAAGAAACGCAGGGACGCUGCCGAUGAAUGAAUGGUCCUGCAAAGUUGGAUUGCCUUAUUCCGAGAAUGCUUUAAGAGAACCUAAAUUUUUUGUUAUUAUUAGAUGGCAAC